GUUUCCUGUCCCAAACUGGAAGUGAUUUAUUUUUGUUUCUCCAUAGAAGUGAGAGUUUUUAUCCAGUAGGUAGGCAGGUAACCAGGCGCUCACUUCAAGUGUUAUGUCCAGAGGUUCCCCCCUUUAAAGACUGUGUUUCUAGUAAUGUCCCCCUCUUGGUUAGGACAUGAUGUUAGGGUACAAGUUUGCUGAACAACGGAUUGUUCUGUCAACAUGUCGUGUCAAACAGAGACGCCCUCUGGUUGGCACACGUAACUUUUGUAACAGUUAAUGUUUUACAACAACGUUAUUGCAUCGGCCUGUACGUUAGUCUGCUGCUGUUGGUUCGAGCACAGCUUGUAAGGAGGACAAAGUAAGUCAUGUCUUUGAUUUAGCUCAUUUUAAUAUUCUGCAGUAUUAAACAGUUGACUGACAUAUCUAAGCUAAAAAGGACAAAAUGCAUAUACUAGUCCUUAAUCUAUGCAUUUGCUUUUCAUUUACCAUAGAAAAAAAGAGAAAUUGCUAUGUUGAAAUUGCAGCUCCCCUUCUUGCAGCUUCUUUCCCAGCCCUUGUAGCAGGAUGCCUGUGGUUCCCAAAGUGACACUGCCUGGGGGUCUGGAGAUCUGUCGGGUCCUGAAUGGGAUGUGGCAGGUGUCUGGUAAGCACGGGGCAGUGGAUCGAGCCAAAGCAGUUGAGGCCAUGCAGGCCUAUGUAGAUGCUGGUCUGACCACAUUCGACAUGGCAGACAUUUAUGGGCCUGCAGAGGAAAUAUUUGGGCAGUUCAACAGCAAGCUGAAGUCCUCUGGAGAUGCUGCACCAGCUGUGCAGAGUCUGACCAAAUACGUUCCACAACCAGGACCAAUGGACCGCAAGGUGGUGGAGAAGGCAAUACAGCUCUCCAUGACUCGGAUGCAGGUGGACAGUCUGGACUGUGUUCAGUUUCACUGGUGGGACUAUAGCGACAAGAGAUACCUGGAGGCACUGGGACACCUGUUUGAUAUGCAACAGGAGGGACUCAUACGUGAGCUUUCCCUCACUAACUUCGACACACAGAGACUGGAGGAGAUCAGCAACAGAGGCAUCCGCAUUUCCAGCAACCAGGUUCAGUACUCUGUGAUUGACCAGCGACCUGCAGUGAAGAUGGAACAGUUCUGUCUGGCCAAUGACAUCCAGCUCCUCACUUAUGGCACUCUGGCUGGCGGUCUGCUCACAGAGCGCUAUCUGGGCAAGGCGGAGCCAAACUCCAAGGCGGAGCUCUAUACUGCCUCCCUCUCAAGCUACAAGGAGAUGAUCGACACUUGGGGUGGCUGGAGCCUUUUCCAGGACCUACUUGCUACUUUGGAGGCUGUUGCCAGGAGACACAACUGCCCCAUGGCCUGUGUCGCAACGCGUUACGUGCUGGACCGCCCUGCAGUGGGCGGGGUCAUUGUGGGCUGCAGGCUAGGUGUCGCAAAUGCGGGGCAGCACAUCGGUGACAGUCUGCAUAGCUGCAGCCCUGACCUGAAGUUGACAGCGGAGGAUCUUGCUGCUAUCAAAGCUGUGACACAGCGCUCCAGGGACCUCAUGGUGUGGAUUGGGGACUGCGGUGAUGAGUACAGGAGCUAAAGGCAGAAGGGGUGAGGAAUAGAGGCAGAGUAAAGGGAAACAUGCAGCAGUCACACAUGCAACAGAAUAAAAUGCAGCUGCUGCUGAAAAUCAUUUCAAUCCUCCAUUUCAUUUUUAAUUGAAUCAAAUUAGUUUUUGCAUAAAGUCUGUAGCUCUUCCUCUGUUACACACUAUAAAGAACCAACAGCAAAUUGUAACUCACCUGUUCCUGUGCUUUUGGAGGAGGGAGAGAAGCUUCUUAGUCAGGCAUGAACACAGCUGCAGCGA